AUGUCUCCAGCACAAAUCCCCCGCAUAGACCUCUCCCGUGCCUCUGACCCCGCCACGGAGCCGGCUCUACUCGGAGAGCUCCGACACGCUCUAACCAACGUCGGAUUUCUGUACUUGAUCAAUCACGGUGUUCCCGAGAAGACCAUCUCAGACGUCGUAGAGGCGUUGCCAACGCUGUUUGCGUUACCGGUGGACGCGAAGAAUGAGAUUGCGCUGAAGAACUCCCCGCAUUUUCUGGGUUACAGCGGGGAUGGCUCGGAGACUACUGCGGGGAAGAGUGAUCGAAGAGAGCAGGUCGAGUUCGCGACAGAGCUUGACGAUGGUUGGAAAGAGGGCUUACCGUUGAGAGAGCGGUUGAGGGGGCCAAAUCAGUGGCCAUCUGCGUAUCCAGAUUUGCGUCCGGUCAUUGAAUCUUACAUUUCUGAGCUGACUCUUCUGGGCGAACGUUUCCUUCGUCUUGUCGCAAAAGCUCUUUCGUUGCCCUCGGAAACGUUUUUACCCUUCUUAUCCGAUCAACAUCGACUCAAGCUUGUCCACUAUCCAGCUCUUCCUGAAAGCGAAGUGGGAAGUCAGGGCGUUGGACCUCACAAAGACUCCUCUGGCUGGUGGACGUUUCUCCUCCAAGCCUCACCGCCUCACAUCAAGGGUCUCCAGGCGCUCAAUAAAAAUGGAGAAUGGAUAGAUGUUCCUGUCCUGCCGGGUUCAUUUGUCGUUAACAUUGGUCAAGCAUUCGAGGUUGUCACGAAUGGUGUGUGCAAGGCCACUACUCAUCGCGUGCUGUCGGGAUCGCUUGAACGAUUUAGCGUGCCAUUCUUCCAAGGCGUUCGAAGAGACCUAACAAAAGAAGAGGCAUUGGGAACUUUAAGGGAGCAUUUUGAGAAGCCAGAGAUUAGGGGUUUGGCUUUGGAAUCGACCGAAGGUAAGGAGAUUGAUUCCGCAUUUUUGAAAGGCGAGUAUGAUACUUGGGGAGAAAGCCAGUUAAAGACGAAAAUUCGGAGUCAUCGCGAUGUCGGUAAAAAGUUCUACGCAGAUGUCUUUGAUGCGUACGUCACAGAUGAUCAAUAA